AUGGCGGAAGCUGCUACUAAAGAUAAUAUGACUGCUUCAACCAAUAUUAAUCCAAAAUAUGAAAACGUAAAAGAAAAUAAGGAUGAAAAUGAUGAAAAAGAAAUUAAACUGGAAGAUAAUAAUAAUACAGAUGUCGCGAUGCCGGAUGCUGACCCUCAGGAUGGGACUGCUUCAACUAAUAAUGUCACGGAACAUGAAAACGAAAAAGAAAAUAAGGAAUUCAGGGAUAGUAGAAAUGAAGAAUCUAAACAGGAAGAAACUACUACUAAGGAUGGGACAGAUGAUAUUAUUAUGGAAGAUGUGUCAACUGGACAGGAAAGUGGCAAAGAGCAAUCUGAACUGACAAAGCAACAAGAAAAACAAGAAAUCAACUCUGAAAUGACGACUGAGACACAAAAAACCGACUCUCAAGAAAUACAAAAGGUCGACAUUGAAAUGAAUACCGAGCAACAAGCAUUUCACGAAUCCGACUCUAUAAUGAAACAAGCGCAGCUAAAAGAAAUGGAGACAAGUACUGCAACAACUCCUCGAGACGAAAAAGAGGUUACAUUAAAAGACGAAAAUAUCCAAGCUCCAAAAGAUGGAGAUACAGUUUCGUUGUCAUCAUGUAGAUCACCUGACAAAACAGAUGAGGAUAAACACACUAUUAAAGAAAAUCAAGAUUUGGCUCAUACUUCUUCAUUGUAA